UUUAGAAAAAACAAAAAUUUAAAUAAUAAUAAAUUUAAUAAUUAAUUAACAUUAACAUUAAUAAUUAUUAUUUUUAUUUUUAAUUAUCAAUAAUUAGUCAUCUUGUUUUCUUGGAAUUACCCAAGUGUAUCGAAAAAAAAAAAACUCACAUGUUGAUGAUGAAAUAAAAAUGGCGUCGUUAUAAAUCAGCUGAUUGAGCAACUUUUGUUAUUGUUUUACGGCAAACAAAAUACACUGAAUAUUGUUUAUAAUUGUUUAUAAUAAUAUCGAAAAACAUGGAAACAAUUAAUAAUAAAAACAAAGAUGAUAAAAAAAAGGAAAAAAAAGAAUUUGAAAAGCCAAUUGUUGCUAAAACAAAUGUUGAUCUUCAAAGAUUAAAAUUACAAAAAUUAAUGAAAAAUCCAGACAAACCAAUACAAAUACCAGAAAGACCAAAAACAAAAUCAACUCCAGGAGUACCAGAAUUUGUAAGAAAUGUUAUGGGAAGUAGUGCUGGUGCUGGAAGUGGUGAAUUUCAUGUUUACAGACAUUUGAGAAGAAAGGAAUAUGCACGACAAAGAUAUAUCAAAGAUAAAAGUAAAAAAGAAUUACUUGAUGAAGAGUAUCAAAAAAAACUUGAAGAAAAUAAAAUUAAAGCAGAACAAAUAACAGCUAAAAAACGAGCAAAACGAGCAAAACAAAAGCAGCGACAAAAACAAAUGAAAAAAUUUAAAAAAAAUAAUGAUAAUAAAAAUAAUAAAGACAAUGAUGAUGGUGAGAGUGAUAAAAGUAAUGAUAGUGAUGAUGAAUCAAGUGAUGAUGAGACUGAAAAUAAAGUUAAUGAUGAGUCAAUAAAAACAUCUGAAACUCAAGCCAAUCAUGAAGAAAAAAAAGGAGAUGAUGAAGAAGAGAAUGUAAAUAAACAAACAGCUGAUGUCAAGGAUGAUAAUGAUGAUGGUAAAAAUGAAGACAAAGAACAAGCUGAUAAAGAAAAUGGAGAAAAUAAACAAGAAGCUGAUGAAGAAAUGAAUGUAAAUAAACAAGAAGUUAAUGUCAAGGAUGAUAAUGGUGAUGCCAAAAAUGAAGACAAAGAACAAGCUGAUAAAGAAAAUGGAGAAAAUAAACAAGAAGCUGAUGCCAAUGUCGAUGAUGAUGGAAAAACUGUAAAUAAACAAAAAGCUGAUGAAAAAGUAAAUUGUCCAGAUGAAAAAAAACAAUCUGAUGAUGAAAUAAAACAAAAAAAUCAUGACAAUAAUGAUGGUACUGACGAAAAGACAACUGACACAAAAAAAAUAUAUAUUGAUAAUGAAGAAAAAUCAUAAAUAAAAUCUGUUAACAUUUGUCUUUAAAUAAAAUAAUUUAUAACUUAUAA